AUGACUGAAGCAGAUGGUCUGUGGUGGUCGGAUAGUGAUAGUGAUAAUUUAAAGGACAUAGCACCGAAUAGUACAAUUAGUAAUAUGGAUGAAUUGGAAGAAAUUAGUGAUAGUAAUAUUGACAUUUAUAGGACUAUACAUAUUAACGGUUAUGGAGAAGGUGUUAUGGGUUUACUCAGUAUUAGGGAUGAUUUAGAUGAAAUAGAAAGUAUUUUUAAUGAAGUAGAAGAUAGGUACAUAGUUAGGGAUAAUGAUGAAGACUGGUAG